AUGUACGUUUCGAAGCGAUCAUCGCUCGACACACUCAUUUUCAGAUGCUUCUCGAUCGCCUGUUUCGAGUUCGAUUCGGUUUUGCAAAUGAAUGCUUCGGUAUUCGAAGGGUUCGCCAUAACACCGGUCAAAGAGGAUGGCAAGUAUGUCUGCUUUUUCUCGGUUGUCUACGUUCCGCCGGCAAGAGGUCAACACGAAAGAAUGGCGACGUUGAUUCUAAAGGCAAAUGAUAUUUAUUUUGAAUAUUUGGGGACACGAAGUAAAAAUUCGGAGUGCCUUUUUUCCAACACAUCGGCUUAUUGCUACUGCUAUCAGAAUUUCUGCAAUAGUGUUCAAAACUGGAAGACGGCAUUAUCUAAAGCGAAGAGUGUCGGCGGACAAAAAAUUGAUUCAAAGUUCCCCGAUCGAGUGCUGAAAUUUCUCGAUAUCGUUGUGAAUCGAAUCAACGUUGCUCGAAUGGUUUAUGAUGAGCGCAAUUUUGUCCACCGAAGGCGACGUAGGCGUCAAAUCGAGAAUCAGAGCGACGACGGCGGCGAAAAAAAGGAGAUAUCGGUGAAAAUCCCAUAUUUGAGCAUUUACACCAUCGCAUUUCUCGUUCUUUAUAUUUCAACCGGUGUAUUGUUAUACAGAUUUUGCAAGAGACUCUACAAGCACAAAAUUCUACGGGAUCCGAUGUCGCAAAACGCGAUUCGCCGGUUUCCCCAAUGA